AUGAACGUGCCUGUGAGCAUUCAAGAGCAAAUCCGUGAGCGUGUUCUGAAAAUCGACCCUCUAGAAGGGUUGGGAAAGAAUGACAGUUUGAGAACCGAACUUUUAAUCACAACUCCUGAGAUGGUGGAUAAUAGCUAUCCGUUUCCAGAUGGCACUUGCAUUGUUGCAACUAAAGACAAGUACGCGCCAGUAACGAAGGAGUCGCCCAUAUUCGCUUUAGAUUGUGAGAUGUGUGUUACAUCAGCUGGUGUUCACGAAUUGACUCGAAUAUCACUUGACGUACAAGCAGCUAUGCGCACAGUUUUGCCACCUGAUGCCAUUCUAUGCGGUCACUCGUUGGAAUUUGAUCUACGUGCAAUGCAAAUGGCCCAUCCGUACUGUAUCGAUAUUGGUCUCAUAUAUAAUCUUUCCGGCACUGAGAGAAUGAAAACCAGUUUGAAAAACCUUAUGUCGGUUUUUUUCGACGAAGACAUCCAGAACUCCCAUGGGCAUUGCUCAGUGGAGGAUGCGUGGUGUGCUAUGCGUCUUCUUAAGAUGAAACUAGAGAACGGGUUAGUGUUUUGUUGUGCCUCCAUGUAUUUUUUGCCCGUUCUGUAA